AUGGCGGCCAAGACAGCCAAGACGCUCUCAAGUGGGCCUUUACGAGUGCCGUACAUGCCCAUGACUGUCCAUGCGAUUCCGUGCCCUCCCCCUAUACUCCCGGAUGAUUUCGACGGCUGCCGUAUCCCUGGAGGCGUCGAUUUGUGGUCCAAGGGGGGCUUCUAUUCGCCGGGCGAGUGUUUCUCGGGAUAUCGAGCCAUGUGUACCCAGACGUCAGCGGUGAGCAGCGGCUGGCCAAUCCAAGACGGAGAGACGGUCGUCAGAUGUGUUCCCGACGACUACACAUGCAACGACGUGACCAAAGACCAAAAGUACGCAGUAACCAACUAUGACGGUACAAUGUUAUCCGCUCCAGCCUUUGAGAUUCGCUGGAGAAGCGUGGACUUGGUUGUGAGGACCACUGAAAGGAAUCCGCCCGGACUCCCGACUCGAGAGUCGACAAUCGCAAGUCAUAUUCCCACAUCGACGGCAUUCCAUUUUACUAUGACUAAUGUAUUGAUUACGACUCCAACGCCUCCAAUACCUCCAACGCCUCCAACAACUCCAACAACUCCAACAACUCCAACCUCCCCCCAUUCAGUCUCACCCGCCACUGAACAAAACGCAUCAAAUAAUGCGUCAUCUCCACUCUCACCACAGCCAAAGCCAAUCCUUAACUCCGGGACGAUUGCUGGGAUAACAGUUGGGAGUUGCUUGGGGCUCCUGGCUGUGGCUUCGGCGAUUAUUUUUUUCUUGGUCCGUCGCCGAAGAAGGCAACAGGGCCCACGGCGGCUCACAGAUGAUACGUGGACCCAGCAAGAGACGUACAAAGAGCCCGCAGACCUGGCGGUCACUCGAUAUCCUGCUGAAUUAGAGAAUAAGCCAAUGGAGCUAAGAGAGCUUCCAGUAGAGACACACUCCCCCUCCGCGGAUGCUUCACCUGCACCAAGAGCGUGCCAUAUCAGUGUCAACACUAUUCCCGUUGAAGUUGCAGCAGAUCCAGUUCAAAACAUCUCAGAAGCAAUUAGACAGGGCGAUUAG